AUGCCAGUCGGAUUGGCUUCCUCUGGACCGCUCUGGAACACGCAUAGUAUGCUGAAAUUAGCCCCAUUCUUAAAUAUGGUGUUUCAGGCAGUCACAUUAGGCUUCGGCAUCGCAGUGUCCGGUGGUCGUGACAAUCCACAUUUUACCUCGGGUGACCCCGCAGUUGUUGUAUCGGACGUCGUGCCAAACGGACCGGCCUGGGGCUUGCUUCAAGUAAACGACCGUAUUCUAUCGGCAAACGGCGUGUCAUUCGAGAGCAUUGACUAUUCGAGUGCUGUCGAUAUAAUUAAGAACGCAGAGCACAUCAAUAUGAUUGUAAAACGACGUGUUGCCAUGCCAAUAAUGGAAUUUGAGCAACGCACGUUAAAGUUUACGUUGUCUAAGUCAAGAAAGAAAGAUGAUUUUGGUAUCGUAUUAGGCUGCAAGUUUUACAUCAAAGAAAUUCGUAAUCCAAAGUUGGCUGAGAAGGACCCUGGGCUACGAGAAGGCGACUCAGUACUACGAAUAAAUGGUCAAAGUGUAGAGGGGGCAACACUUGAAGAAGUGAGCAAGUGGUUAGAAAGAUCACGAGACAAGCUUUGCUUAGUGAUUCAACGUGAUGUUCGUCGUGGGACGAGUAGGUGGUCCAGUCAGAAUACAGUAUAUGAACGCGUCGGUUCGGUGUCGGCCACGCCACGACAUAGUCCGAGUCCGAUGCUGCCACAUCAGUCAGUGUCUCAAAAGUCUUCGCAUGAAUAUGUCAAUUCACCUCGAUGGCGUGACGGUAGCCUGCUAGACGAGCGUCGUGUGUCGAGUCCAGCUAUGUCGAGUCUGGGUGCUAUGUCUUCUGUGAACGUGCAGGCUGGAGCGGCACCUAUCCACACAUAUGAGUACUACAGUAGAAACAAGCCGAAACCGGAUCAGAGCGGUGUCCGAACAGUGACAUUCCGAAAGGUGAAUCCUUUUCUGACCUUCUCUUCUGUUGGUGGUAGCGUUGGUAUUCGUGUCAUCGGCGGUAACGAAGUCGGCAUUUUCGUCUCUGCAGUUGCAGCUGAUUCACCAGCCGCUCUACACGGUGUUUGUUGCGGGGAUCGUAUCGUCGAGGUGAAUGGCCGACCAAUGCGUGGAGUUACUCGUGAGUCGGCCGUGCAACUGUUGCUGGCGCUGAACGAUCAAGUUUCUUUGCGCUUGGAGCACGCAAGACAAGACUUUGAACACGUUCGCAAUAGCCAACUUGGGGAUAACUUUUAUAUAAGGUCUCACUUCACGAAAGAGAAAAAGUCUAGUAAUGUCGAACUGUCCGUUAGCGACGGUGACAUAUUCCACGUUACGGAUACGCUCUUUGGGGGUACCGUUGGUUUAUGGCAGGCCGCCAGAAUUUACUCUGCUAACGCCAACAAAAAUGAACCACUCAAAGGCGUGAUACCAAAUCAGUCGACAGCGGAGUCCAUAGCUCGUGAACAACGUCGUUUGACUGAGACGAAAGGUCGAGGGGGUACGUUGCUUCGGCGUAAAUUGGAGUCCCGUCGAACAAAAUCGCUUCCAAAAAAUGUGCUAUCGGAUCCAGCGGAGUUGUCAACCAGUAUUCCUCCACCAGCAUAUGAACGUGUCGCACUGAACACACCGAGUUUUCAUAGACCUGUUAUUCUCUUCGGACCAUUGGCCGAUGUCGCGCGGUCGUACCUGCUAUCUCAGUUUCCCAGCAAAUUUGCCGAACCUUCUCCAAGCAGUGGUGGAGUGAUUCGACUGGCCGCUUUGGAUAGUGUGAUAGCCGCUGGGAAACACUGCGUGCUCGAUAUUAGUUUGGAGUCGGUAGAACGGUUGCAACUGGCACAAUAUGCGCCCAUUGUUGUACUGAUUGAUGUGGAUGGUCGAUCACGGAUUCGGGAGAUUCGCAAAAAGCUCAAUGCUCCGCAUGUAUCGUCGAAGAAACUGGCUGAACAGGCAGCUCAGAUCAAGAAACACCAUUCACAUUUGCUGUCGGCAACGGUGGACGCAACAAAUGAGGAAGCAUGGUUUGACGCACUUCGUGACCUCGUCAUCCAUUUGCAGCAACGCCGGCUGUGGAUGCCCGAAUUCCCACCAAAUUUGCCGCUUGAAGAUGUAAUUAUUUGGCUCAUCCAGAGUGCCAAUUAUGACUCUGACUUAGAAUCUUUAAAAGGAGACUAUUCGGAAUAUUCAACUAGAAGGGAAGAGGGUCCGAAUCGUACAACUGUUCCUUCUCAAAUGGCAAGGUGA